AUGGAAAAAGAAGUAAAAAACCUAGUAUAUGAAAAAAAAAAACGUUCCGCUGUGCUGACCUUCACCUACUGUUCGCCUUUCUUUUCUCUUCUCUCAGCUGUUCUGGGGUACAAUUUUCUAACUCCUCCUCUUUUUCUCUCUCACAUUAUCUUUUCCUUCUCUCUUUCCUGCACUCCCCCCCUUCUCACUCACUCUGUGAAAUCUUUUCUUUCUCUCUAUGUAUUACUCCUGAGCUUCUCUUCCUCUCUUUCACAUUGUAAGUUACCUUCUCUCUGUGUACCUCUUUCUAUCUUUUCUUCUUUCUUUCUUUUUCUUAUUAUCUUUUCCUUCUCCCUAUGUGCCUCUUUCCUGCUCUCUCCUCUCUCUCUCAUUAUCUUUUCCUUAUCUUUAUGUGCCAUUUCUGACAUUCUCUUCCUCUCUUUCUUAUUACUCAUUAUAGUUUCUUUCUCACUGUGCACCUCUUUCUACCUUCUCUUUCUCUCUCUCAUUAUCUUCUCUUCUUUAUUUCUCUCUCUCUUUCUUAUUAUCUUUUCCUUCUCUCUAUUUACAUCUUUCCUGUUCUCUCUUUCUCUCUCUCAUUAUCUUUUUCUUCUCUCUAUGUACCACUUCCUACCUUCUCUUCAUCUCUCUCUCUCUCGUUACCUUUUCCUUGGUGUACCUUUUUCUACAUUCUUUUACUCUCUUUCCCUUAUCAACUGUUCUUUAAUUGUGUUUGUUUUGUUAUGUUUCUUGCAAAUAACCCGGCAACUUUUCUUGUCUAUAAAAUACACAACAAUUUAUCCAGCAAUGACAACUACAAUCCCUUGUCAACUUCAUUCUAUUUUUUUUUUUUGA